CACUGCAGGCCUGUUUUAAUUUUGGCAACACUAGCAUGAUUCUGUACCAUUUCCAGUCUAUCUUUGUCUUUCCUUGUAUACGGGUUCCAUACUGUUCUUACAUGUGACGUGAGAUUUUUAUCCCGACUGGGCAUGCCCACAAAUUAACUUUUAUCACUCACAAUUUCUGCGUGGCUCUAUUUGUUAUUUAUUCAUUUUUUUUAGGAUUCUCAGAAUGCAGUGGAAGGUAUGGCUGUGUUUCUUGGUAAAAGACGCCUUUUCGGGUCCUUCACAUUCCAAGACCACCCUUCGGCCCUGUUUUUAAUGUAACAAACAACCAGGAACAAAGUGUCUCCAGUAUUUUACUGAAGUCAAAAGACUAAAUUUGUAUUUAUUCAAAAACUAUUUCUUUUCAUCUUCGAUUGUGUACCUAUAGCUAAAAAUAUGAUUGCGUAGGCUGGACUGGCUAUAAGUGGGUAGGUACUGUAGCUGUUGUCACUCUGCCGCUUGAAAAAGGAGAAUACAACGGGGAAGAGUUGCAUCCAUAGUGGUUGGAAAAUACGGUAGAGAUAACGAAGUUAGUCAUACGCUCACGUAGCUUGAAAUGCAAGAUACCAUCAGUACAGGUCGGUUUACUUUAUGUUAUUGUUGGUGUUGUGAUUGUUUAACUUUCAUUUGGGAUACAAACGUAUUUGAUGCAUUGUUGUUCUAUUUGGUAAUAAUGCUAAGUUUGUCUGGUUGCGUGGUUUGAUUUAUCAACGUUACACAUGUUCUCCUAAAAACAUGGAUUUUGUCCUGAGAGCGUGUACCUGGCUACAUAAAAUGAAAUAAAAUAAAAUAACAAAAGAUAACUCCUUGUAUAAAAUGUGUGUCUUUGAAAGAUACUUUUAGUAGAUUUAAGUCCAUCAGUCAAAAUAUCGAAAGCAACAGACCUUAAAUUUGCGAUAUUCCAUUCACCCAAAAUAUGGUUUGCUUAUAUAUUUAUUUUCCUAACCCGCAAAAUAUAGAUUUCGAAAUGAGUUUUUUUUUCAAUGAAACUUUUGUAUUUGGAGGAAUGAGCCGUGGAAGAAGACACUGCAAAUUGCCUUAUCACAUAUAAUGAUACUAAACUGAACGCUGUGAAACUAGCGGUGUAAAGCUGAGGUAUAAAGAGUUAAACACAAGGAAACAAACAUUACCAGUGUUUAUAAUGACAACAUUUUCUGUUUUUAUGGAGGCGCUUUAUUUUGACAAACAUCUGAUAACAUUGAUCCCUAAAGUCACCAAAAUUUUCUGAUUUGCAUUUUUUUGCUUAAGAUUAAACUAAAAUUCUCCGUUUUAGGGUUUUCUUUUCAAUUUCUGAUUUUAAGUUUAUUUACUAUAGACAAAACAUACAUGUAUAAAUUGAUAUUUCUCAGUAAAUUACCGAUGAUGUAAAAUCAGGGCAUAAAUUUAAAAUCAUUCCGAGCCGUUAAUGAGGUAUGUUGAACUCUUUUUUCCCGAUCUUUUACGAUGUCUGCACAGUGUGCCAAAAGUGGCAAUUCAUACUGGUGAUACCCUUAACGUAAAUAUUCAAGGUCACCAACAAUAGUAGCUUAGCACAUGUCAAAUGAGAACAUGCUGUCUUGAAAAUUGUUUGUGUUUCUGCACUACCUUUAUUUGUCUGAUACAAGCAAGUCACUCUAGGGAAAAUGGCUCAACAGCACUAGUUUGCAGUAAAAACUUAGACUGACCGCAGAUGGCCUCAAACAGAAUACGGGUUCAGCGGUUCGAAUUUAAUUACGGCAGAUCGAACCUUGUCAAAUUCAGCUAGAAAUGAGAGGUUUUGUUUUACUACCGUGCAUUAUUAAGGCUCAUCUAUCAAGGAAACCUACAAAUGUCGAAGAAAUGGCGGUCCAAAUACCACGAAAUAUUCUAUAAAAAUCAUUUUCAUGUAGCUCACAAUGUUACCCCUCCCCAUGCGUGAGAGACGUAGUGCAGAUCCUCUCAAUCCUACUUCAGGGACUUGGUGACAAGGACGAAUUAUCCAAAGAGUCAAUCAUCCAACGGGAAUAUCAUGCAGACUUCAUUGUACCUUGAAAAAUGGAAUAUAUCAAAUUUUCCGUGUUUGAUAUUUCUAGAUAACCAAACUGCAGUUAUUCUCCUGGAACGGAACAUUGAAUUACCCCCUACAAACUCUCCCCAGCAGGCGAUAUUUAUUUGUUAGAAAUAUAUGUUACACAGAUAUAAGUCUCUCGUUAGUGUUUUUUUUCUAAAUUUCGUCGGUAUUUUCACUUUAUAUUAUAAAAUGCAGCAAUGUAUUUAGUUUGCAAUUAACCGUUGACAUAAGAAAAGGAAAACAGCUUAUUACAAGCAAAACAGUGUCCUUCACCAGCGGGCUGAUCAAGGCCAUUAAGCUGUGCGGAUUGUCGGGCAAAUUUUUCUUGGUUGCUUUUAAUUUUAUUCUGCUGGCUCAAGAUAUCAUUGAAUGUAUGCUAACCCAUAAUAACAUUACGAUAUGAAAAGAGGGUAUGUACGGAGCGUAUAGUAUAAAUGCAUCUCAAUAUAAGUUCUCAAAGUAAAAUAAGUUAAUCCAUUUGUUACAGAUAUGGAAAUUAUCGAGGUUAACGGCGAUUCUGACGGCCACAUGAACCACCUUCCGAACCACCUUCGGCAGAUUAGCGGCCAAAAUAAACACGGAGAACAAGGGAUUGACGUACAAGUGGGGAGCACGUCACCCAUAGCCGUGCGUUUGAAUAUCAAUGCGAUGUAUGAAGACAGUUCAUUCCAACAGCUCGGAAGACGAGACCUACCGGCGAUUCCCAUCAAAGAUGGAGAAAGUGAGGAGGAAGGCAACGUGUACAACUAUAUCGACACUGAUGACAUUAACAACUCAGGACAGCCGAGUAGGGACCAAGGGAGGUAUGAACAGGCCGAUAAAGAGGGAGACACUUCACUUCCCAAUAACGUCGAGAUGGACACCUCUCGCCUGCGAAGCAACCCUCUCUACGUGCCUGGUGCGCUUCGACAAGAUAAAAACCGAAAUUUGCGGAAGAUCGUUUCGAAUAUAUGGCGUUUUCAUUCACUCCGACCCAUAACCCGAGUUGCCUUUGCAGUUGCUAUAAUAAUGGCUUCUGUGGUCGUUACUGCCAUUUAUCUCACGGUCGAUGGAUAUGACCUGAAAAUAGCAUCAACACCGGCAGAUAUGAAAGCUGGUAUCACUGGAACAUCAGGAAGUGUCUAUGAAUUUGAUGUGGCGACAACAUCAUCACCGGCAGUUAUGAAAACUGACAUCACUGGCAACGAUGGAACACCAGGCAGUGAUUCGAUACCUACAGUUGAAGCAACACAGUGGAAGACUGAAAAUCCAGACCUGUCAGCGACCAGGAAAGUUUCAGCUGACAGCUUCAGCUGCAAUGACGGCUACAGAGCCAUCGAAAAGACCUGCAUACGGCUCGGUUCUGAAGAGUUGUCGUACGAUGAGGCAAAAAAGACCUGCGAAAGGGAGGGAGCGACACUGGCCAUGCCUAAGACAAAAGAACUGGACGUCGCUCUGAGGAACCUGGUCCGCACGGAAGGCCAAAACAACAUCCAUUGGAUCGGCUUGAGGAAAAAGAAGGGACUCAAGCUUCUAAAUAAAAUGUGGCAAUGGAUGGACGGAGUCUUCUUGCGCAACUACAAGGGAUGGAAUCCAAGAAGGCCCAAUAACCACUAUAGGAUCAAUGGAUAUAGGCGGCUUUGCGUGUCUUACUAUUCAGGUCUCACUGGCUAUCCUAUGUGGGACGAUACGAACUGUGGAUUCCGAUACAGGUUUAUUUGCCAAGCUCCUCUGGCAUAAUAUGAAAAUCAGAAAGGCCUCAUUUGCGAGCAAAUACAACAUAAUCCAUCGAUAUGUUAAUAGAUAAAUAAACGUUUCUUAAUAAAAAUAAGGUUUAAAGAAAUGGACUCUCUAAAAAGUAUACCAAUAUUAAAUGCAAUCAAUUUUUGCUUUCAUAAAAAAAUCGACUUUUUUGAAACAGUAUUACGCAUAAAAGCUAUUCUAAGCUUGACUUUUGAAGGUCU